CGUCCCGUACUUAGUACCUGUCUUUACUUUUGUCAGCGACCUAGUGUUUACAUAGGCUAGCUGUCUUUUCGUUCUUUGCUUUCCCUACUCAGCGCCUCAUCUAAAGAGUCUAUCAGCGACCUCUGCCGUAACUGUUCCUCUUACUAUUGACAUUAACGUCAACAGCCACAUCUACGCCCCUGAGCAUCAUUCGCAAGCAAAACUUUCGAGCAAGUGGUCGAACGAACAUACAAGAUGGGUGGCAUGAUAUCAAAGUUCACAGCGCUGUUAUGGUCGAAAAAGGAGAUUCGCAUAUUGAUUUUAGGACUGGAUAACGCUGGUAAAACGACUCUUCUCUACCGUCUUAAAAUUGGCGAAGUCGUAACCACAAUUCCCACAAUCGGCUUCAAUGUCGAAUCCGUCACAUACAAGAACCUAAAUUUUAACGUGUGGGAUCUUGGAGGGCAAACUUCAAUCAGGCCAUACUGGCGGUGCUACUACGCAAACACCGCAGCCGUAAUAUUCGUCAUCGAUUCCACAGACAUAGAGCGAUUGAACACAGCGAGUGAGGAGUUAGCGGCCAUGCUGAAUGAAGAAGAGCUGAGAGAUGCGGCGUUACUGGUAUUUGCGAAUAAACAAGACCAACCCGGCGCAAAAGGAGCGGGUGAGAUAAGCGAAGCGUUGAAGCUGGGAGAAUUAAAAGAUCGGAACUGGAGUAUCGUUGCUUGUAGUGCAAUCGAUGGAAGAGGUGUGGACGAAGGUAUGGAUUGGUUGGUGCAAACUGUACAGCAAGAGCAGUCAUGAAAGAUCGAGAAGAUGAGAAGACACCAUGCGAUACGUCUCAUAUAAUACAUAAUUCCAGCAUUUACGGCGUCAAAACGACAUGGCGAUACGUCGCUACAUU